AUGCAUGCAGCCUCCUGGGCCUCCCCCUCCGAACCCUUUUUGGGCUCCCGAGGCCUGAGAGCACCCGGGGCCUCCCCGUUGGAGGGGUGCGCGCACCCCUGCAGCCCACGCCGCGUCGGGAACCAGGCCUUGGGGUCACGGGCUGCCGGGCAGCGGACGCGGCUUCAGGAAGGCUGGGUCUGGAGGGGACGUGCUGGCUCGGGUUCGGGUUUGAAAGGCGGGACUGGGGCUCCACGCGGUGGGAGCGCCGCGGAUGGGGUGGCGGCGGAGGCGCAGGUGGAGGCGGACGCGCGCGGCAGCCCGCUGUGGGCGCUGCCCCGUAGACGGCACCUGGGCUCCCCCGCCGCGGCCGCAGCCCCCCUACCUGGGAGCGAGCCCUUCGCUCUCCGCAGCCCGGAGGCCGCUCCCUGUGGACCGGCAGGGCGGCGCGCCAGCCGCCCUUGCCCUUGCUCCUCCGUGCCCCGGGCAGCGGCAGUGCCCCUGAUGGGGGCGCUCUCACGGCCUCCGCGGGGACCUACAGCGGCUGUCGCAGCCCCCAGCGCGCCCGCCAGCGCUCACACGGCCCCGCUCCCGCCGCACCGCCUUCCUCCUCGCCCGGGACGCCGGGCUGCCCGCACCGGCUCCUUGCACAGCGCUCGUGGCGCCUUGUGUGGCAGGGCCCUGGUGUUCCUCCUAGGGGUAGCCGGACCUAAGCCCCCGGCCCAGCUGCUGGCCUAUGAGAGCCGCGAGUUUGACGACAUCCUGCAGUGGGACUUUGCCGAGGACUUCUUCAACCUGACGCUCAAGGAGCUGCACAUGCAGCGCUGGAUGGCGGCCGCCUGCCCCCAGGCUCGUAUUGUGCUAAAGGGAGAUGAUGUCUUUGUCCACAUCCCCAAUGUGCUGCAGUUCCUGGAUGGCUGGGACCCAGGCCAGGACCUCCUGGUGGGAGAUGUCAUCUGCCAGGCCCUGCCCAACAGGAACACCAAGGUCAAGUACUUCAUCCCACCCUCCAUGUACGGGGGCCGGCACUACCCACCCUAUGCUGGGGGCGGUGGCUAUGUCAUGUCCAGAGCCACCAUGCAGUGCCUGCAGGCAGCCAUGGAAGAGGCGGACCUCUUCCCCAUCGACGACAUCUUUGUGGGCAUGUGCCUCAGGAAGCUGGGCAUCAGCCACACACACCACGCUGGCUUCAAGACGUUUGGGAUCCGGCGGCCCCUGAACCCCCUGGACCCCUGCCUUUUCCGAGGUCUCCUGCUGGUGCACCGCCUCAGCCCCCUAGAGAUGUGGGCCAUGUGGGCGCUGGUGACAGACGAGGGGCUCAGGUGCACUGCCACCGCGCUGCCCCAGCCCCAGCAGGUGGGCUGA